GCACUGGCUUCUGCCGGCGGAACGCGCCGUCCAGCGACUGGGAUUUCCGACUUCGAUGCGACCGGCAGCUGCUGCCCUUGGCCAGCGACUCCCGCCCCGCCGAGCCUGACCUCUUCCUCCUCCCUCCAAGCCAUCCGGGAAGGAGCGCUUCCCCGCAACCCUCCCCUCGACGAGCCUCCCGCAAGGUAGGGAGGGAGCCGAGGGAGAGCCGCCAUGAGCGAGGCGAGCCCACGGCGCGAGCCCGCGGUGGGCAGCUCGUCGUCGCUGACGUCAUCGCCUGCGUCCAACGGCGCCAGCAGGCGGACGCCCGUCAUCCGCCUGCACGGAGCGCCCACGCUCUCGCCGCGACCAGCGCCCAAGAAAGGUGGACGUCGUGCGUCCGAGUUCUGCUUCCGCGAGCCCCCCGAGUACGUGCACCUGGCUCCGCCGCGGUCCACGGUGUCCACUCCCCCGCCGGGCCGCAAGCGUUCCGCGUCGCUGCCGCAUGUGCGCAGCCCGUCGCCCGUGCCGCCGCCGCUGGCGAGAGCCGCGCGGGCGCACCAUGCGGCACAGCAGCAGGCCAGGCAGCAGCCCGGCGGAGACGAGGAAGACGACGAGGACGAAGAGGAGCGCCGCCUCGACGACGACGACCAGGAGGAAGAGGACGAGGACGAGGCCGCCGCUGCCGCAGACGGACGGGACACGCCCCCGCCGCCGAUGGCCGUCUGCCCCGAGGAAGAACCCGGCGCCGAGACACGCCAGCAGCACCGGAGCCGGCUGCUAGGAGCGGCCACGGCGGAUAGGAGGAAGUCGACGCCCUGCCAGCCGAAAUUCAUGCAGUGCCGAAGAGGGCGGCCUUCUUUGGACCUCACCGCCGCACAGGCAUCCGGCCACAUCACGCUAGGUAGCCACUUGGAAUCCGAGAUCGCGCGUCGCCGCCAUUCGGUGGCCGCAACCGCGGCGGGCGCGGACAAGCCAGCGGCGACCUCGUCCGAUCGGGGCCUCACGCAUCGCACGCAGGCGGCGACCAAGAAUCGCGUGGCCGCCGCUUCUGCCGGUGCGGACGCCCUGGCCGACGAAGCGGCGCGGGCCUCCUGGCUCCGCGAGGCCGACUCCAGCGACGACGAUGACGACGACGACUUCGACCUGGGCCCGCGCACGGUGACGCCCAACUCGUCGCCCGUCAUGACGACCGCCUCCUCGCUGGCCGGGGCCCGGAGGCCCGUCUCCUAAGCAGGCGGCGACGUAGAUAUAACCGAUGUUUCGGCCGAACACGGCCGUCGUCUAGGCUGGCUCACCACGGUGGAGCCCCAUUCUCAGCUUCGAGUAACAGCGCCCAACACUUGUAGAGGCGCUAGCAUGUCUGCACGCACUGGAGCUCUCUAUCUUUUUCGCUGCUUCUUUUUUUUUCUUGGCGCCGGAAGCAGAGGGUGAGUUCCUGCGCCCUGCACCGCGAUGGUUCUGUUGAACCUUUGAUUAGAUU